AUGGCUGCAAUGAAGCUUCUUCUCUCUCAAGCUCGCCGUCAAGGUCUAACCAAACCCUAUUCGUCUCCAUUUCAACAAAUCCCUAGGCUCUUCUCUUCUUCUUCAUCAUCCUCCGAUUCGAAUCCAUCUCCGGAUUCGGAUCUACUAAUUGAAAUCCGCAAAAAACUCGAGCCAGUGUCGUACGCCGCAAAACCGAAACCUGAAGUCGCCGAUGGUGGUGAUUCUCCUCCGAUUCAUACCGAAUCGGAGACGAAUCCUCAGCCUACGAAUCAGGAAGAUCGUUCGACCUUGACUCGAGAAGAAAUCCGAUAUAUGGGAUAUACACCUUCGAUCAGUCCGGUUUCUUAUGCUAACCGUGUGCUUCCGUUACCGGAGGAUCGUGUCGCUGGUGAGGGAGGAGGGGAGAGAACUCCGGAGGAGAUGGAGAUUGAGAGGAAGAGGAUUGAAGCAGAGAAUCGUGCUAGAAGAAGGUUUUUAAGAGCUAAUCCUGUAGAAGAAGAUACUUCUUCACUUCCUUUACCAACAUUGCUUAAACCAGAUUUGAAGCAUGGAAAGAAACCUAUUUUCGAUCUCAUGGAAGCCAUUAGAGAGAUAAAGGCCAAUGCCAAGGCGAAAUUUGAUGAAACUCUUGAGGCGCAUGUGAGGUUGGGUAUUGAAAAAGGCCGAUCUGAGCUGAUAGUUCGUGGUACUUUGGCUCUACCACACUCUGUUAAAAAGGAUGUGAAAGUGGCUUUCUUUGCCGAGGGGGCUGAUGCAGAGGAUGCAAAAGCUGCAGGAGCUGAUGUUGUUGGUGGUAUUGAGCUUAUAGAAGAGAUCUUGAAAAGUGGCAAGAUCGACUUUGACAGAUGUCUUGCAACCCCAAAAAUGAUGCCUCGUGUUUACAAGAUAUCAAGGAUUCUCAACAAUCAUGGUUUGAUGCCAAACCCCAAACAAGGUAGUGUGACCAAGGAUGUUACGAAAGCAGUCAAAGACGCAAAAGCUGGACACACAAAAUUCAGAAUGGAUAAAACUUCUAUUCUUCAUGUGCCACUUGGAAAGAUGAGCUUUCCCGAGGAUGCUUUGCGAGAGAAUGUUGGUGCAUUUAUGAAUGCUCUUUUGCUUGCUAAGCCUGCCGGAUUGAAAAAGACUUCGAAAUAUGCUGGUUAUGUGAAUGCAUUUCACUUAUGCAGUACGAUGGGAAAGGGUUAUCCGGUAUCGAUACAGUCGUUAUCUAGAGCAGCGGAUCACUAUACCAAAGUGCAGCUCAAGUGA